UCUACAGACCUUUUGAUUGUGGUUUAAUCAGUAUGAAUACUUUAGGAAAUAGGUUUUCUGCCCUGUAUAGAUUAAAAGAUACUAAGUACAUUAACUCUGCAGUUACACAGGUCUCCUCCUUCCCAGGGGUAUCUUCUCUUCCAUCAAAAUACCAGCACACACGCAGUAAGAGAUGUUCCUGUAAUAGCUGGAAGGACAAAGAGUGUGUAUACUUCUGUCACCUGGAUAUUAUUUGGGUGAACACUGGAGGACAAACUGUACCAUAUGGAUUAGGGAGACCACCAAUACGCAGAAAAAGGGGGACACCACCACGUUGUCAGUGUGAGGACGUAAAAGAUAAGAGAUGUGCCAUCUUCUGUCAACCUGAAUCAAGGGACACCGCUGACGAUAAAUCAGGAGAGCAGACUUGGCUGCAAAGAAAAAACUUCCUAAAAGUAAAGAAAUCUCAAGUUCAACUCUUGUAUAUUCUUCGUGAUGCUAUAGCACAUAAUAUAGGCGUUGCUCACUCUCGUCAAAGUUCUUCAAGUACCUUCCCUUCUGUGUCUUUGGACUUUGUGACCUGGAAGAAGAAGAGAUAAAAAGUGAUGAUCAUACUAGUGUUGAUGAGAGAUCAGUCACCCUACGACUUCAACUCCUGCAGUGCGAAGGAAGCAUUCUUUCAUGGAAGACCAUCUCAGGCUGUUCAGCCAUUUUGAGAAGAGUAAUGGUUUCCUUGACCUUACAAAGGCAGGGUAGCUAUACAAUGGUGGACACAACCAUGACUACAUAUCCGUUCCCUUAGAGUUCUCUUACAGGUAGCUUUA